AUGAAAGUUACAGCAACAACAUUAACAAAACAAACACUCAUAUUCACAAUGGAACCCACAGAAACCAUUGGUGAUCUUCGGAAGAACAUAGCCACACAUGAUAAUAAAGAUGUUGCAUCAAUAGCAAUUUGUUACAAAUCACGAAUGUUACGUGAUGACACACAAACCCUUUCAUCUAUAAAUUACACUGAAAAUACCACUUUUGUUGUUAUUAUUAAUAAGCAAGCCGUUCAAAAAACAUCUCAACUUUUAAAUACUGAAAAUUCCAACGAAAAUUCUGUUGAAAAAAAUGAAAAUUCCAACGAAGCUCCACCAGCAAAUUUCAACGAAAUUCAAGUCGACGAAAAAAUCGUUUUGGAAUUUGUCGCACAAGGGUACGCCGAGUCAAAAGCACGUGAAGCCCUCAAAAAGACCCAAAACGAUAAAGAAAAGGCUUUAGUUGAGUUAAAAGGAAAUCCUUUAGUUUCUUGUGACGUUUUUGCUCCAACAUCCGAAACGAUUCAAACUCAUAACAAUGAAUUACCAUUUGAAACUAAUUUUGAAUUAUCCGAAGAUGAGAUCGAAGAUAUUAUUAAUGAAAUCGAAGACGAAGAUCCUGAGUUGGCCGACCAAAUCCGAAGCAAUCCCGAGUUGUUACGGGAUUAUUUGGUUAAUGAAAUGGCAGACGAGGAAUUUGGCACCCAAAACGAAUCACAAACAGAAGGACAAUUUGGUACCAAUUUGUCAACACAUGAAAUCGAACAAUUGGUCGCGUCAGGUGUGCUCUCACAACAGGAAAUCCAAAAACUCAUCGAAACGCAACAAAAAACCGAAAAUGAAAAAUCAACAGCCCCGACACAAAACGACGGGUUGUCUGUUGGAACGAUGGAACAGUUAAUGCGACACAAAUUAGAUUUAGGCGAAGAUUGUGAAGAUGAUGAAAUUUCAGAAAGUGAAAGAUCAGAUGACGGAGAAGAAGACGAAAACGAAGAUGAAGGAAUGAGUGAUGCGACUGAUGUUACUGAAAUAACAACUCAAGAAGACGAAAAUAAUAUAAAAACGUUAAUGGGACUUGGCGCAUCAAGACAACUCGCUAUUGAGGCUUAUAUAGUCUGCAAAAAGAAUAUGGAAUUGGCUGCAAAUUACUUGUUUGAAAAGGAGUGA